AUGGCCGAGGAAGUUAAUGGGGCAAAGCCUAAAGUAGGACGGACGCAAAUCUUUUGUAUUUUUCUAACUUUCAGAGUACUGAAUGCAGUUUUGACAAAAACCUUCUUUCAAGCUGAUGAGUUUUGGCAAGCGUUGGAACCGGCCCAUUGGAAGGCUUUCAAAUAUGGUGAACUGACUUGGGAAUGGAGGUCUGGAGUUCGUAGCUAUUUAUUUCCAAUGAUUUUUGAGUUGACUUACAGAUUGGUUUCUCUAUCGUCGAUCCUUCUUCAUUAUACCCUUCUUCUUCUCUCAACGAUAGGGUCUGAUUUAUUGAUUUUACUACUACCGAAAUAUGAAUUAACUUGGCAAAUCGCUGAAGACUUAAAAAGACUUCCCUUUGACAUCACACGAUCAUUUGAAUAUUCCGGUGUAAUAUAUGCUCCAAAAAUAGUUAUGGCGCUGCUAGCCUCCAUAGGGGAAUACUAUACGAUAAGAUUUGUUCAAAAGUUAUAUUUACUGACACUUGAUAAGAAGAGUGACAAGGAGGAGAGGGAAAGACGCGCUGAUUUAUCUGAGAUUACGAAGUUUGCCCUGCUUCUAAGUUUAACUAAUUUUUUCAAUUGUUUUUUUAUUACAAGAACGUUCAUCAACUCUUUUGAAAUGGUUCUGACUUCUAUUGCGCUCUACUAUUGGGAUUGGACAGGCGGACAAAUGGUAAGAGAAUCAUCUUUUACCAAAGCGCUUAUUUUUGCAUUUUUGGCAUGUUUACAAAGGCCUAGCAGUGGACUUAUUUGGAUAAUUCCCGGCAUUUCCCUGAUAUUAAACUUGGUAUCCAAAAAGCAGUAUCGCUUACUUUCUGUCACUUUUUCUAAAGUUAUCCGGUCAUUUUUGCUGGUAUUUACUGCGAAUACGAUUAUUGACACCUAUUUUUAUAAGAAAAUAACAUUUCCCCUCUUUCGAUUUCUAAAAUUCAACCUUAUGACACCGCUAUCAAAAUUCUAUGGGGUGGCUCCUUGGCAUUUUCAUCUCUUUCAAAGCCUACCUAUCAUAUUGGGUGCAAGUAUUCCUGUUUUCGUGUUUGGACUAUUCUUUCGGCUCAGCAAAAAGAGUUUUCCUAAAAGGUACUUGAAUCCAUUUUUCCAAGUGAAACUCACUAUUGUGUUUAAUCUUUUAGUAUAUUCCAGCUUACCUCAUAAGGAGUUUAGGUUCAUUUUCCCAUUGCAGCCGCUUUUCAUAUUGAUAUCAUCAUUUGGCCUCUUAAAACUUAAUAAAGAAUAUGGAAAAAAAAUGACCAGCUUAAAAUCUUUACUCUGGCUUGUUCCAUUCGUGUCAGUAUUUGUGGCAUUACUUUUGGACACAUUCCACGAAUGUGGAUCUAUUGAAGUUAUAAAAUUUUUGCACGAAGAGCCAGAAAUAGAUAGUUUGGGAUUUAUAAUGCCCUGUCAUUCGACGCCUGGUCAAAGUUACCUGCACCGCAGUGAUAUUUCAGAUCUGUGGUCAAUUACUUGCAACCCCCCAUUGCAUCUACUUGAAGAUCCAGAGGCUUACUCCAAACUUGAGACCUACAUGGAUGAAAGUGACCAUUUGUAUGACGAUAUAUCUACAUUCAUUUAUAGAAAUUUUCCACCUCUAUUCCGUAAGAAUCUAAGGAGUCCAGGCAAAACAUACAACCACGAAUGGCCGACCUAUUUGGUUGUUUUCGAGCACAUGGAAAAUGCAUUUCUGAAGGAUUUUCUGAAAGAUUCAUCAUAUGUUGAAUAUAAUAGAUUCUUCAACUCCCUUGCACACUGGGAUUCAAGAAGGUCGGGAGACAUAAUCAUUUAUUAUAAGUUACCGUUCGAUUAUAACGAUGUCUCAGUGGCAAAUAAUUAA